GUUUGUAGUUACCAACUCCUAAAAAAGUCAAUACACAAUUAAUAUCUCAAAUCUCAAUCUUAGAGCUUUCCUUUCAGUAUACUCUCACACACAAAACGGUUUCUCUCUCUCCCACACACAUAAAAGAAAGAGAGCUGAGAAAUUAAUGGGAAAAGAAAAAAAGGUAAAAAACCCUUGAUACGUACACACACAGACGCGCACAACAACACAAACUGUUUCCACCCCCUAGCAUUUAAGCACAACCCAGAAACCCAGCUUUCUUUUUAUUUCAUUUUUUUAAAUUUAAUUACUCUUCAAGAAAAAGGAAAAAAGAAUAGAUGAGAUGAACCCUUUUUCGAGUUCAUGAUCUCGUUGAAUUUUUGACUUAUUAUCGGUAUUCUGAGAUUUGUAAGUGGGUGAGGAGAAUAGGGAUGAUGAACAGUGGGGCGAGUAACAAUAUGAUGUCGUCGUCGGCGGCGUCGGCGUCUGGGAGCAACGCGCCGGGCCCUGGUUUGAAGACGUAUUUCAAGACGCCAGAAGGUAAAUAUAAGCUCCAGUACGAGAAGACUCAUCCCGCCGGUCUACUUCACUACGCCCAUGGCAAAACAGUCACUCAGGUGACGCUAGCUCAUCUUAAGGAAAAGCCAAUGCAGGCACUGUCACAAUCAUCAUCUACUUUAAAUGUAAGCAGUGGUGUGAGGUCUGCAGCAGCUAGGUUAUUAGGUGGAAGUAAUGGGAGUCGGGCACUUAGUUUUGUUGGAGGAAAUGGUGGAAGUAAGCCUGUGGGUAGCAGCAGUACCAGAAUAGGAUCAUUAGGGGCUUCAAGUUCGAAUAAUGUGGUCGGGAAUCCCAACUUUGAUGGAAAAGGGACUUACUUGGUGUUCAAUGUUGGAGAUGCAAUUUUUGUGAGUGACUUAAAUUCUCAAGAUAAGGAUCCUAUAAAGUCUAUACAUUUUAGUAAUUCAAAUCCUGUUUGCCACGCAUAUGACCCUGAUGCUAAAGAUGGGCACGAUUUGCUUAUUGGUUUAAACUCUGGAGACGUUUAUUCUGUGUCUCUUAGACAACAAUUACAAGAUGUUGGGAAGAAGCUUGUGGGGGCUCAGCACUAUAAUAAAGACGGUGCUGUUAAUAAUAGUCGCUGUACUUGUAUUACGUGGAUCCCCAAUGGAGAUGGCUCAUUUGUGGUAUCUCAUGCAGAUGGAAAUAUGUAUGUAUAUGAAAAGAACAAAGAUGGCUCUGGUGAUCCUUCGUUCCCUGUAAUCAAGGACCAGACUCAAUUUUCUGUAUCACAUGCACGCUAUAGUAAGAAUCCAGUUGCUAGGUGGCAUAUAUGUCAAGGUUCAGUAAAUGGCAUUGCCUUCUCAGCUGAUGGUGCUUAUAUAGCAACUGUAGGAAGGGAUGGUUACCUGCGAGUCUUUGACUAUAAAAACGAACAGCUCAUAUGUGGUGGAAAAAGCUAUUAUGGGGCUCUUUUAUGUUGUGCUUGGAGCAUGGAUGGAAAAUACAUUUUGACUGGAGGCGAGGAUGACCUUGUGCAAGUUUGGAGUAUGGAAGAUCGAAAGAUUGUAGCAUGGGGAGAAGGACACAACUCAUGGGUUAGUGGAGUGGCAUUUGAUUCAUAUUGGCUUGCUCCAAAUUCAGAUGGUGUUGGGGAAAACAUAGUCUAUCGGUUUGGUUCUGUUGGUCAGGAUACACAAUUGCUCUUAUGGGAUCUAGAAAUGGAUGAGCUUGUAGUGCCAGUUCGCCGUCCCCCAGGUGGCUCUCCAACUUUCAGUACUGGAAGCCAGUCGUCCCAUUGGGACAGCGCCUGCCCUGUGGGAACCUUGCAAUCAUCUCCAAGCAUGCGGGACGUUCCAAAGCUGUCCCCACUGGUAGCUCAUCGCGUCCACACAGAGCCUCUCUCUGGUUUGCUAUUCACUCAGGAAUCGGUCCUAACAGUUUGCCGCGAGGGCCACAUAAAAAUCUGGAUGAGGCCAGGCUUUGGCGACACCCAAUCAACCAACUCCGAGUCUUUCAUGAGCACGAGUUUGAAAGAAAAACCGCCAAUAGCCGGGAAGGGAGGCGGUUCGAGUUACAAACAGUGAAUGAUUCAAGAGCGAGUUUGUGCAGAAAGCUUUUGCUGCGUGGGAAGAAAAGAUGCUGCUUUUGCCAUUUGCACAGUUUUUUUUUUCACUGAAAUGACAAAGCAUAUGACAAAAAAAUCAUGUGCUGUAAGAUUAACUGACAAAGAGCAAUGUAUAGGCAGAGAGGGCUAGAAGUUGCCUUUGGAGAUAUUGUUGAGAUAGAAAAGCGCAGCCAAGUUUGUAAGUAGGAGAGAGCGGUCUCGUCUCAUGAAAAUAAUUCAAGUUGCGCCCUUGGAAAUUUCUCUCCAUUUUUUCUUUUUUAUUUGGUGGUCGAUUUUGCAUGGCCAAUUUUGCCACAUGAUAUAGCUGCCCAAUUAUUAUUAUUUCCAAAUAUUUUUGAUUGGCCAUUGCACUACUUGCUUUGCUACAACCCUUAUGAAUAUUCUCCUUUUCUUCA